CAUUGCAAGUUUUUUGUGAAGCCAAGCCGACCACCAUUUUACAUUGCAUUGUAGAUUUCCAAUGGUGAAAGUCGCUCCGAGCAAGUGCAGGUAAUACCGAUGGACGAUCGCGCCGAUGCACUGCGAGCCAUGCAGAUCUGCAGGUUCUGUUUGGACGAGAAGGGACCGUUUACUAAUAUCUACGUGAAGGAUAGCAGAGAUGGAAAGCAGUCAACCCCAUUGCCACUACAGAUUAUGGCCUGCGUCGCUAUCGAGGUGUUCUGCACGGACGGUAUGCCACAGCUGAUCUGCAAUCCUUGCAGAUCGCAAACGAUCGGAGCGUACAAUUUCAAGACGACCUGUAAGAAGAGCGACGACGCGCUGAAACUGUUUCUGGCUACCGGAAAUUUGAAUAAACCAAACUCGAGGAGGUCAUGCAAGAGGGAAAGAUCUGGCAGCACUGAGAAGAUCAGAAAGUCCAGAAGGAUAUUGUCCAGUCCAGUCCCAGAUGAGGAGGUUGAAGCAAAGAAGGUGGAAAUUUUGGAACUAGUCAAUGACGAGGUGACUGAAUAUAAAUUAGACGAAGAUGCAAUAAUACUAGAUGAUGACACCAUGGAGGACAAGUGUUUAUCAUCUGAGGAAAACACUUGUGGUAUGUCAUCUGAGAAGGCGGUUGUUGUUGAGACGGCCGUGUUUCCUUGUUCCGAGUGCGAACGAUCGUUCCCACUGCAGCAGCUCCUGGAGUUGCACAUGAAGAAUCACGGGAGGGAGAGGUGCUUUCAAUGCGAUGAAUGCGAAAGGAAGUUUUUCACGAAGUACGAUUUGGCUAAGCAUAAGGCGACGCACACUACCAUGAAGCCUUUCGAGUGCGCCGCCUGUGGUAAGCAAUUUGCAAGGGAAUCGCUGCUACACAGACACGAGAAAAUUCACGUGGAUUUGCCCAAGUACCUUUGCAGUCAUUGUGAACGGACGUUCCUUACUAGAGAGGAUUUGGAUAAUCACUCGGAGAAGCACAAGAAAGUAAGACCAUACACGUGUAGGGUUUGCGACAAGGGUUUCGUCUUCAAGCAAGGCUUGGAAAGGCAUGAAAUGACGCACGCCGAUGAAAAACCGCACAAGUGCAACUACUGCGAAGCCAGCUUCACGUCUCCCAUUAAGCUUACCCGUCAUAUCACCUCGCAUGCAGGUCUAAGACCUUACCCGUGCAAAUUGUGCGGCAGGACAUUCCUCUUGUCGCAUCACUUGACCAGGCAUAUGCGGAGCCAUUACGCUAACAAAUCGCUCGCCGUAGAGCCCGUGGGGCAGCACAAAUGCGACGUCUGCAGCAUGUCGUUCAGGAGAAAAGAUUCACUUAUCAAUCACAGCGCCAUCCACUCUAUGGUCAAUCUGAAAUGCGUGAUCUGCAACACCGCAUUCCAGAACGCUCAGGAGGUUAAGGACCACAUAACCACACACCUCGCUGGUUUACCCUUCCCCUGCGACAAAUGCGACUACUCCUUCGAGAGUCACGACCAGCUGGAGGAGCACGAGUUGAAGCAUGCCGAGAUGGAAUACGAGGAGCAAAUCGAACAGGAGGUAUCUCAGGAGGCAAGGAACGACGUGAUCGAGUUUGUGGAGGAGGAAUUCGAAGACGACGAUGAAAUCACCGAGUUUACGAUUACCAAUGACAACGAUGAUAAUCCGCUGGUUGUGCCGAGUCCCCGCAAAGGAAAAAGUAAAUCUUACAACCAGUUCUUGAACUCCGAGUUCGAUGGAGAAAUGGAUCAACACGAGACCAUGAUCGUGGAGGAAACGGAUUUCCCUAGCAGCGAUACUCUGAUGUUGGAGGAGAUUAAGCCCAUCGUCCGAUCCGAAGGGACUAAAGUGUACACGCGAAAGUCCAUCGCGGAAAAACCGAAAUUGCCCGAUCUAAAGUCGAACGAAUCGUUCAUUGGCUCCAGCAGCAGCAGCUCGAGCGGUGGUACCCUUCAGUUAGAUUCGAUAGACUUGAACCACGAGAUGAUGAAGGAUCUGCCUGAUCGACAGUUCGUCGAUAUGAAGAUCGGCGAGAAAACGGUGAGGGUGCAAAAGCUUAUAAUGACGAAGGCGGAAAUCGAAGCGAUGGCCAAACAGGGUAAAAUCGAAAUCAAAGGGGACACGAUUAUCUUCAACAAUAACGGCAGAUCUUUAAAAGAGACGCCUAAAAAUAUCACGAUAGAGGGCAUAAUUGAUGAUCCGAAACCGAUGGUUCUGAAACCUCCGAUUAUGAAAACGUACGUCAAGAAAACACCCAAAAAACAGUAGUUACUCAAAUUAUAUCAUUGAAUUUGAUUAUUCUUUACAAUUUCAUUUUUAGAAAUUGUAUUUUUUUAUAUACACAUAU